CAGGGUUUGGUUGAGACGGGAGGGUUCUUUUUUUUUUUUUUUUUUUUUUCCCUCAAGCCCGGCCAAAGCGGAUCAAUUUGGAGGAGCGAACGGAGACAGAGGAGGAUUUGAACGACUGUAAUUUCGCACAUCUACGACUGCUCAACGGUUUGCAAACGAUAGAUAUCUCAGUUUGAUCCUCGUCGCAUUUUGAAAACUUUGUAAUUUAAUAAUAGUAAUACAAUAACUAAAUCUAACUAUAAUGGAUAAAACAGAGCUGAUUCAGAAGGCAAAGCUUGCUGAGCAGGCCGAGCGCUACGACGACAUGGCAGCUUCGAUGAAGGCGGUGACCGAGCAGGGCGCCGAGCUGUCCAACGAGGAAAGAAACCUUCUCUCGGUCGCUUAUAAAAACGUUGUAGGUGCCAGGAGAUCUGCCUGGAGGGUCAUUUCCAGCAUCGAACAGAAAACUGAAGGCAGUGAUAAGAAACUCCAGAUGGUGAAGGAAUACCGAGAGAAGGUGGAAGCAGAGUUGAGGGAGAUCUGCAAUGAUGUGCUGGGACUGCUGGACAAAUACUUAAUCGCCAACUCUACCAACCCGGAAAGUAAAGUCUUCUACUUAAAGAUGAAGGGAGACUACUAUAGAUACCUUGCUGAGGUUGCCGACGGAGAUGCCAAGAAACAGACAAUAGAGAGCUCUCAAGGAGCCUACCAAGAGGCAUUUGAGAUCAGCAAGAAAGACAUGCAGCCCACGCAUCCCAUCCGCUUGGGUCUGGCCCUCAACUUCUCUGUAUUUUAUUAUGAGAUCCUCAAUUCUCCAGAGCAGGCCUGUACAUUGGCAAAAACUGCUUUCGAUGAAGCUAUUGCAGAGCUUGAUACACUCAAUGAAGACUCAUACAAAGACAGUACCCUCAUCAUGCAGUUGCUUCGAGACAACCUUACAUUAUGGACGUCUGACAAUGCAGCAGAUGAAGGGGAUGCUGGAGAAGCUGGUGAAGGUGGAGAAGCAGAAGGUGGCGAGAACUAAAUUGCACACAGGGUCAUUCCCCCCCCCCCCCCCCCCCCCAAAAAAAAACAACCUUUUUACACGUCUCCAUUCCUUAUUGCUCCACUCAAAAUUCUUCUAGCAAUGAAAACCCUUCAUUAUUGAAUAGCUGUGUAUGGAAAUUCAGCAGUUUGUCUUCUCUCACACUGCAGCUUGUGUGGGGAACUCCAUUCCUUGGUUUGUUUUGAUUGUUUGUCCUUGCCUUCCUGGUUUUGCGGUUACUGCUGUAGAAAAGUAAUGGCUUCACUUUAUGUAACAUGAAAUAACUUCCAUGAAAAGUAAAGGACUAGUGUAUCUGAUAUUAAACGUAUGGAAUCCAGUCUUCUAAGUGACAGUGGUUUGAAUUCUGGUCCUUUUAAGUUGUAGACUUUCAUGGGGGGGGGGGGGGGGGGGGUUGGGUUAAUAGUGACUUUAGCCAAGGUAGUCCCUUCAUAGCCUUUAUUGUACCCUUUUGGUUUUUAUGUAAGGAGCUCUCUGAGGCAUAACCAUCAGCAUCAGCCUGACCCUGCAUAUUAUGCUUGCUUAUUUACAAGGCACCCAAUCUUUUCUGUUCCGUGCUGCUGUAGGGGCCAGUGUCUGCUUAAACUGGGAAGCGAUAAGCAUUCCACACCCAGAUGCUGUCCUAGGUUUCAAGCCCUCAAACACUCCUGCCUAGUUCUGAUUCACUUCAACGUGUAACAUUGUAGCAUGUCUUGAGUAAAAGGGUGGCACGUCUUUAAGACCAACUUUAUUAUUUUUUUUGUUUGUCAACAUGCAUGUCCUUUUUAAGUACACUGGAAUGGAAUCAAUUCUACACACCAAAUGUCCAAUUUGGUACUUUCUUCAGUGCAGGGUUGUGCACAUGUACAAGGGUGCUUGGUCUGUCCAGUGAUUUGUUAUUAGAGAUUUGGACCACUGCUGUGUUUUGCUAAUCAUUGAUUGUAGUCCCCAAAAGCCUUGUGGAAAUAUGUUUAAUGCCCUAUGUAACAGCGAUGUAACAUGAAAUAAAAUGACGUUUUAUAAACCAA